AUGGCGGGGGCCUUGGAGCAUGGCGUGGCUGCAGUGCUUGCAGUGCUUGCAGUGCUUGCAGUGCUUUACAGUGAGCUGUGCUGGGCUGUGAGCUGUGCUAAGGCUCAAACGGAGCUGCGACUGGAUGGCCUUGGGAUCCGGAAGAUUGCAGAGAUUCCGCCAGAAAUCAAGGUUCUUUCAAUCAGCAGCAACCGUUUGAAGAACCUAGGUUCUAUUGUGGAAUGCCUGACGCUCGUGGAGGUGAACUUAGCGGCCAACAAGCUAGACGAAGCUGCAUUGGCGCCCUUAGCUGCACUGCCUGCCCUUCGGGUCCUCAACAUUUCAAGGAAUCAUGUCCGAGACCUUUCUCCUUUGGUCUCAGCUCCUGCGCUCGCUUCACAGGGGCACGCUUUCCCUGCACUCGAGGAGCUUAAUAUUUCCUCCAACCCUCUGAACGAUGUGACUGCUACAAUGUCGCUGCAAGUGCUGCGCGUUUUGACAGCAGCAAGCCUGGCCGCAACCGCCCUUCAAUGUGUUCAUUGCAGCCUGGAGGUGAUUGAUCUCCGGAGCUGUUGCUUGCAGUCAGUAUCUGGUCUACAGGCGUUGCCCUACCUGACCGAGUUAAUUCUCGAUGGCAAUGCAUUGCUCAGCUGCAAGGAUGUGGCAGUGCAUCCUUCGCUCCAGGCCCUGAGAUUAUCGCACAAUGCCAUUGGCGACAUAUCGGCUGUGCAAUUGCCCUUUUUGACAGAGCUAGAUUUGGCAUCCAACAGCCUUUCUCAGGCCUUCAAUCUUGCUGGAGCUCCUCGACUAGUUUCUUUGGUCCUUCGCACCAAUCAGCUCACUUCGCUAGUUCAGCUUUCAGCUCUGCGCUGUCUCACCUUCUUGGACGCCUCUCAUAACAAGAUCCGUGCCCUGGAGCCAUCGUUGCGCUGGACCCUGCGACCCUUACGUGUUUUGCUUUUAAAUGGCCAUCACCCCAGAGGCUAA